AUGGGCUCUUUCGCCCCGACUCGUCAACUAGUCGUAGACGACACUGACCCUCGAAUCCAGUAUGGGGCUCAGGACUGGUUCAUUGCAGAUCCAAACACAUUGACCAGCGGAAAUUUUGGCUCCAUCUUCAACGGAACCUCGCAUGGGACGACAUCCAAUAAUUCCACCCUCUUGUUUCCUUUUAAUGGCACCUCGAUUGAGGUUUGGGGCACCAUUUCAGUGGCGACAACGAACAAUCUCGCCGACCCGUCUUGGGACUGCUAUGUGGACGAUGUCAGAAUACCCAAUCCAGACCCAACAUUCCGUUUCGAGGAAAACAACUGGUUGUUGUGCGCCGAGGACUCUAUAUCCAAGGGUUCGCAUACCCUUAGAAUACAAGUUCAUUCUGCCGGCCGUCCUUUCUACUUGGACUACAUCAAGUAUCGGCCUUUGUCGGGAGAGGUUUCUCGAUCUGCCUCCGUUGUAGCAUACAGCAACACCGACCCCGCCGUCAGUUUUAGCACAGGAUGGGUCACCUUUGGUGGCGAAAAUGCAACAGAUGUGAAUGGAGCCCAAGUAGCCCUCCAUUUUCGUGGGACUUCCGCGAGUAUGUAUGGCUUCGUUCCGACGGAAAGGCCACAUAACGCGACUUGUGCAUCAUAUUCAAUUGACAAUGGCCAACCUAUAAAUUUCACGCUUCGCGGCCUGGCCGAUGCAAGCGAUACUACUACGCAGUACAACGUGAUGCUUUUCACCACUCCGCUUCUUGAAGACAAAGAACACAACCUCGUCGUGACCUACCAUGGGGAUCGAGACCACACACCCCUUGUCCUCCAGAGUUUCUACGUUUUCGAUUCCCCUGACAUCCAUCUUUCCACUUCGUCUUCUCCACCAACGGCAUCCUCCGGGGCCUCCAAAGCAACCAGAUAUACGUCUGUCGGUGCAAUUACCGGCGGAACCAUCGCAGGCGCUUUCAUCUUGGCUGUCCUCGCUGUCGUUGCCUUCUGUCUGAGGCAAACACGGCGCAAGAGAGCCCUCGAGGCCGUUCACCCAACCCCAUUCCCGCUCACAACACGGAAACAGGAAAUCUCCAACCGUUUUCCUGUGGCCACGAGCUCUCCCGCAUGCGUUGGAUCUUCUCAACUAGUGCCUCAUUUGCCUGGCCCCGAUGCCUCAGCCCGGCCUCGUUCGGUCGCUAGCCGCCCCUCCACCAUCUAUCCAUCCGUGAUGUAUGCCGACUCGCUGAAUGCCUCGUUUUUCCAGCCUUCCUCCGACGUCCGGAGCUCAUGGCAUUCUCACAACCCGCCAACGCCCACACUACAACCCAGCGCAGCCUCAAGUCGUAACAACUUGUCAACCGAGCAAUCGUUUGCCGCAAGCUUGCCGCACGCGGAGCUUGAUGCUACGCCCACUCCAAACUCAAGCUCGUUCCACGCAUCUGCUCGGAGGGAUAGCAAACCUAAUAUCGGUCUGGCUCUCGAUCGUAACCCAGCUGCAGCGGUCCUCCAGCAAAGAGAUAGCGGUGUGCGAAUUGGGACCCCACCAGGAUAUAGUUCGAAAUGA